AAUGAACAUAAUUAAAAUGAUAUUUAUUUUAAGCAUCUUUAGUAACUACUUUUCCAUAAAAGGCGAUUUACCUACUGAAAUAAAAAAGUGUCCUGCCGGCGAUGAGGUUUGCAUUUCAACACUCAUCACUCAAAUAUUACGCACCUAUCCCAAGGGGGUGCCAAGCAUUGGAUUGGAUGCAGUCGAUGUCAUUCAUUUCACGGAUGUGGUCGUAGCCGAAGCGGAUUCGAGCACGCCCGUGCAGCUGAAUCUAAAAUUCAACACUCUGACAGUGCGGGGCUUUGAAAACACUACGAUUUUGCAUGCUGUGGGCUUCGACAAGGACCUGGAGCAGCCAUUCGAGCUAAGUGGUUGGAUACCACUGCUCCAGUUGAAUGGUGAGUAUGAGGCCAGUGGCAGGGUUUUGUUAUUGCCGGUGCAGGGCACAGGUGAGGCAGAACUCCAGUUGAAGGACUGUAAGUUCAAGUGCAAGGUGAGGGCGGCCGAGGACCAACGCAAUGGUGGAAAACUAUACGCCAAGAUUACAAAGGUCAAGUGCGUGGUGGACGUAAAGGGCCUGCAUGUUAACUUUCAAAAUCUGUUCAAUGACCAGGCGCUAAGCGACUCGAUGAACCAACUCAUUAACAUCAACUGGCAGGAUGUUUGGCACACCAUGGGCAAAGGCAUCAACAAGGCUGUCGAUCAAGUGUCAUAUAGCCUUCUAUCGCGAGUUGCACUCAAAUUGCCUUACGAUGACUUUUAUUUGAAUUAGAAUUGCAGAGUUAUGAUGAGACAAAACUUUUUAGAAACCCAUUAAAAAUACAACGACGUUUCCAAAAUACAGGCUUCAUCCAGACAGAUGGCAAGACGGACGGAAAGGCGAACACGUCUGUAUAUUAUGUAUUUCUCUCAUCAUGCCGAUUAAGAUUCCUUCUUCCUGUUACAUACAU